CCACCAAUAAAAGAUGCAGGUGUAUUUCGGGAGAACCUCAACGCUUGUUAGCUAAUAACAACGACAUAAGGAAAAGUGCAACAAUCCAAGUCAGCUUAGUUUAACAGUCGGUUAGUGGCGCCUUUAUUCCGUAGAAGUGGGGCCGGAAGUUGUGUUGUUGGGCAACCUGUUUAACUUGACGGCUGGCAGUAACCAUGGAUGAGUAUCAGGCAGAAGAGGAGACUGCUUUCGUCGUUGAUGAAGUGAGCAAAAUUAUAAAAGAGUCAGUAGAAACAGCAAUAGGAGGAAAUGCCUACCAGCACAGCAGAGUGAAUCAGUGGACCACAAGUGUAGUGGAGCAGUGCCUCAGUCAACUCAGCAAGCUGGGAAAACCUUUCAAGUACAUCGUUACCUGUAUCAUCAUGCAGAAAAAUGGAGCAGGACUGCAAACAGCCAGCACAUGCUUCUGGGACAACUCUACUGAUGGAAGCUGCUCCGUGAGAUGGGAGAACAAGUCCAUGUACUGCAUCGUCAGUGUUUUUGGGUUGUCGAUCUGAAUCAACUGCAGUAUACAUGUUUAAAAGACUUUUUUUGAAUAGGCACAAUUUUGUGUAUUUUUGAGAAUCAGCUUGUUAUGUUUGGCCAUGUUGGCUAUAUUUGAAUAAAAUGUGUUAUAUGUUAAGUGCAAUUAAUUAAAACAAUACUAUGCUGUA